GAGAACACGAAGAAGAGUUGCUAACGCGGAAGUCGUCCGGGAUCUUAUCUUCACCUGGCUGGAGUUUUCUUCCCCGUGGAGACUCUCCGUGCAAUUUACACUUUCUUCUGGUGGAUGCUUUAAGCGGGAUGGCGGGUCGUGAUGCAUUGGUCGGUGUGAGCGUGCUGAAAAGUUAACGGGCGGUUGAUAUCCGGUGCGGGUCAAUGGACGCCAGGACCUGAGCUGCUGUUUUGACAGCUGUGGUGAUCCGCCAGCACCGUGUCCAUCUGUCCGUGUGAGGAGCCGCAGAGAGCGGACAGCGCAAGACCGAACUGAGCGUCUGCGAAGUUACUGGUGAGCGAACCGAAAGUCUCCAGCUGCUCGCCGAAACGUGGCCAUGGCUUCUCCCCGGCUCAAGUACCUCUCUCUGGGUGUGCUGGUGUUCCAGACCACCUCCCUGGUGCUCACCAUGCGUUACUCCCGCACCCUGCAGGCCGAGGGCCCGCGGUACCUGGCCUCGUCAGCGGUGGUGGUGGCCGAGGUCAUGAAGAUCCUCACCUGCGUCCUGCUGGUCUUCAAGGAGCACAGUUACAGCAUGCGCGCUCUCAACAGCGUCCUCCGUCAGGAAAUCAUUCACAAACCCGUAGAAACACUGAAGCUGGCGAUCCCCUCGGGGAUCUACACACUGCAGAACAACCUGCUGUAUGUCGCCCUCUCCAACCUGGACGCAGCCACCUACCAGGUGACGUACCAGCUGAAGAUCCUGACCACGGCCCUGUUCUCGGUGUCCAUGCUGGGCCGCAGGCUGGGCGUGUACCAGUGGCUCUCGCUGCUGAUUCUCAUGGCUGGCGUGGCCCUCGUGCAGUGGCCCUCUGACUCUGCCUCCGAGAAGGAGGCCCCGUCUGCCGGCUCCCAGUUCGUCGGCCUCGCCGCAGUGCUGGUGGCGUGCUUCUCCAGCGGCUUCGCUGGUGUCUACUUUGAGAAGAUCUUGAAAGAGAGCAAACAGAGCGUGUGGGUCCGCAACAUCCAGCUGGGGAUGUUCGGCCUGGUGUUCGGGCUCUUCGGGAUGAUGGCCUAUGAUGGGGAGCGAGUGAGGGAGUCUGGAAUGUUUCAGGGAUACAACACGGUCACCUGGACUGUUGUAGCACUGCAGGCCCUGGGUGGUCUGGUCAUAGCAGCGGUCAUCAAGUACGCAGACAACAUCCUCAAGGGCUUCGCUACGUCACUCUCCAUCAUCCUGUCAACACUGAUAUCGUACUUCUUGCUGCAGGACUUUGACCCAACCAGUGUUUUCUUCCUCGGGGCCGUUUUAGUCAUCGCGGCCACUUUCCUGUACGGCUACGAAGGCAAGCCUUCCCCCAAUCCCAGCAGGGCGUAGGACACACGGCUGAAACUACAGCAGCCGCGGGAGGUCAUGCUGACACGAAGACACGAAGGGAAAGGAGGACUGGACUGCCUUUAUGUUUUCACAUAUAGUGUGAAAACAUAAAGGAAAGCAGGUUUGGAUCAGAGGAAGGUUUUUGUUUUUUUUUAAUUUUAUAACAACGCUGUGACAAGUCUCACACCAAAAGUGCCUCAGCUGAGAAGGAGAAGCAAGGGGAGACGAAACCAGGAGGGCGUGUUUUACUUUUCUUCUGCGACUACAACAGCACAUAUAAUCCAGCUGCCACGCCCGGUGAAGGGAAACUGGACCGACUGAUUGUCUACACCAGGAACUAGUCUGACUGCCUGUUAGUGUCACGGCCACAUCAGUCACCCAGUGUAACAAAGGAGCAAAGAACCAGAGGGUGGGCCUUUCUAACUAUUCUUCCAAGCCACAUUUGCCACGUAGCCCAGUGGCUGCCGCCUUCACCUCGGGAUGUUUAACGCUCUAACAGGUACUCCUGUCCUGUUUAAGCUCAGAGUCUGAAUGAGCUUCAGCUCUGAAACUACAGCACCAAGCGGAGAAGUUACACUGAAUAUUGGAAAUCCUGUUAACGUUUGGUGUAAGUAUUAGCACUGUUGACAUUUAAAUCUAUAAAUUAAUGGGCGGUUUAACUUAUUCAUUAGGCUUAGCUUAGUUUUCAGAACCACUGUUGACGGUUAGCGUGUCCCCUGCCUGUGUAACAGUGUCAUUUGGUGAUUUUUGUGGCGGAAUAAUCAGAAUGUGGUCCAAUGAAACUGAAGCUGGUUACAUCAUUUACAGAGAAAGUAACGUUUGAUUUAAUGAUUUGGGGGUUUUUUCCCUGAAACUACUUUUUUUUGGGAUAAAGCGGGUAUAAUUAAGAACUUUAUUAUUUUAAUUACCAA